CGAACACUGUGCUAUCACAGUCUCCAUACAGCCGAAGCAUACAACCAUGACCCCGCCAUCGACUACAUCUUUUCGUGCCGUGUUGGCUGCUGCCACUAGCUGUGGCUUGUUUUUUUUUCUCUCGUCGGUAGUGGUUCCCGUCGGUGCCAAUACCAUCUUCGAGAACUUGAUCCCAAUGGCGUGUGUGAAUCCACUCUUGGGAGAGGCCGGCUUUUGCGUCGGCAACAACGAAUGCAGGGAUGCGUGUUUCGGUAACUCGAAAAGGUUCCAAGGCGACGCUUCCCCUCUCUCGUUGGAAACCUCGGCACUGCAAGAUUUCUACAUUCCCGUCGACGCAGUCGAAUGCGACGAGAUUGAAGACCCCAUCUGCCCCGCCGUGAACUGCUGCCCGGGAUGCAGGGACGAACUCGUCGCACUGUACCGUUGCAUCAUCCUUGAAGGCAACUACCACUAUCUCGACUAUUUGACCCGAACCUGUCCCAUGGAUUGCAAGAGCGAUAAGCCGGGGAACAKCCUCGUUCCUCCAGCACCAGCGCCGACAGCACCGGCGCCGACCGAGGAACCUAUUCUUGCAACGGGCAUCACGGUCGUCACRGUUGAGAGCGAUGAGGUUGAUAUUUCGACGAUCAUCACGGUUGAUAACGUAGAGGGCGAUAUCAUUUCGUCGUCCAACGAAACCGAUGAUUUCUUUCCGUCCAACGAAACCGAUAUCAUUGACGAGGWCGAACCUGAUAUCGACGAAAUCGACGAAGUCGAACCAGAAACAACGGUAGAGAUUAACUCUUUCGCGUACAUUGCACCAGACUGGAUCAUUCCGACUCCCGUCGGGAGCGAAUACGAUCCCAUGACUGUCCGGGUCGGCGAUACCCUCACCUUUGCGUGGUCGGGAGGAACGCACGACGUCUACAUCUACCCCUUCGGUGGCUGCGAUCGGACCGACAAAAUCAUGGUCGGAAGCACCCGGGACAACCCCGUCACUUAUGUAUUUACGGAGGCCGACAAGGGUAAAACACUUAACUUUGUGUGCGACAUCGGCAGCCACUGCGAGCUCGGGAUGCGUAUGCAGGUGAGGGUGUUUGGGGCGAUUCCGGUGUUACCCCAAGCGAAUGAAGCCCUCGUAGAAGAGAUUGCGAACGGUAUGCCCUAAAGAUGAAAAAGGCGAUCAARCAAGAAAGAAACGAAGUUCAAGCACUGCAAUGAAAAAGAAUCGCACUUCGGAGUUUCGUAUGUAUCAUUAUCAACACCAUUAAUAUUUGUCAUGCAGUAGGGAAGUAGCUCUGGGAGGUAGAACCAGGAGGAAGGAGUUUGAUGCCGAUGUUGCCUUCAACAAUAGAUAGUGACACACCAAAAGAACAUGGACGCGAUGCAUCUGCUGCCUUAGAAUCAGACGGGGAUAGCUGUAACAGAGAAAURAGAAUUAGAAUUGAAGAAUCCAAAUCAAUAGUAACAACAGUAGUAGUAGCAACAUCAAGAAGGAGCUGCAAACUCACAAAAAAUAUCAAUAGAAACAUGCUUCUUGU